UUGACAAUUAUGACAGACGCGAGUCAAUCGAUAUUUUUUUUAUAGCUCGGUCGAUAUUUUCGUUUUUCUGCGAGUUAAAAGACAUCAAAUAUUAUUAAAAUUUGUGCAAAAAUCGAGCAAAUUGCAAGAAAAUUCGCGUUUGUCGUUCCCAGACACAAGAAAAAUGUUCAAAUUAUAAGAAAAUCAAAAAAUAUAAUUCGCAAGAAAACAUAUAAAACGACGUCGUCUACGUCUUAAUUUUUUCUGAAUGUUCAUUGUGUGUGGAAGUGCACGACAUUGAAGUUCCAUAACUGCUGAUUUGCUGCUGUCCGUUGCUGUUGCCGUCGUCGUCGUCGUUGUCACCACCAUCACCACCACCACCGUUGUCGUCUGCUUGUCUGUCUCCAUUAGUUGAGUUCAUGACUGCUGCUGUAAUUUUUUGGAGUAGUCACUUUUGUUAUGACAUAUAUCUGCAUUCAGUAGUGUCAUUGGAUUAAAUCGAAAUUCUAAGCAGCCGACGAGAAGGGAGACCUACCAACAAAAAACCCAUAUUGUGUGGUCAAAAGUGCAAAAAGAGAAAAGUGUGUCCACCAUCCCAUAACACAUCAUAAUAAUAUCGGACGGUGCGGACGUUGGUCUUGGGCCAUAUAAAAUUGUGGAAAAAGUGUUACUGUGAAACAGUUGUCAAUUUCUUUUGUGAAAAAUAAAACUAUUAACAAAACACACAACACACACCGAAGAAGAAGAAAACAGCAAGAGGGGGAGGAGAAGGUGGAGAAACAAGUAUUAAGCCCUUAGAAGGCAAUUGAAAUAUGGUUAGCACCAAUCUAGUGGUGCCCGUUGUGCUGUGGGGGCCAUCGGCCCCCACUCAUUGUGUGUCCAGUGUUUAUUUGUCUGAUGAUCAAACCACAUUGGCAACUGGCUGCUACGAUGGACAAAUCUGUUUGUGGCACGUCGAACCGGGUACCCUGAAAAUGUCACCGCGCUGCCUCCUGGUGGGUCACACGGCACCGGUUCUAUGCCUGGUACGGGCAUCCAUUAUGACAGACAGCAACUUUUUGGUAAGCUCCUCGGAAAAUGGCGAAAUGUGCACAUGGGAUAUGACCGAUGGCAAGUGCAUGGAAUCGGUGAAAUUACCUCAGGUUCAUACACAAAUCCAAAGUUAUCACACGGCGAACAGUGCUGAUUUGCAUCUCUUCUGUAUUGGUUAUUAUCCCGAAAUAAUGGUAAUGGAUCCCAUUAGCCUGGAAGUGAUAUAUACGCUGAGUUCGAAAGUUAAGCCCGAUUGGAUAUCGGCAUUGCAUGUUUUGAGACCAAUGCGGCGUAAAGACGAUGUGGUGCUGGCCAUUACAACGACCGGAACUGUAAAGGUCUGGACACUGGUGGGCAAUGAGAACAAACAUGCCGAACCCAUCUAUGAGAAUGAAUCGAAGGAGAUCCGCUGCCUCAAUGCCAUCACCAUGAACUGUUGUUCACAGAAUCAACGAACGGUGCUGAUUGUUUGCACCAAGUAUUGGCAGAUCUAUGAUGCCGGUGAUUUUACAGUACUUUGCUCGGUCAUUGCACCUACACGAGAACGAUGGCAGGGCGGUGAUUUCAUUAGUUCGGAUCGUGUAAUGCUUUGGACCGAUGAGGGCAAAGGUUACUUGUAUAAAUUACCUGCAAAUUGUAUACCUGACAAUAAGGAGUUCCACUCGAAGAGUGUGGUGCGGGAUGCCCCAUACCUGUACUAUGUGUUGCAGCAUCCUGGCGACAAGGUGUUAUCGUGUCCACCAGCCAUGAGACUGAUACGCAGUGAACCCGAAGGAAAACCAGUCUCACAUUGCCUGCUGCGUGGUGAUUCAGAGGGGUUCAUUUCUGUGUGGACCGUGCCGGAUGUUCCUCUGGAUAAUAUAAGUAUUUUACAAGCAAAGCAAAUGCCUCCUCGUACAUUGAAGCCGUCGGUAUGUACGUCUCUCAUUGAGGCCUGGUCCUUGAUGGAUCCACCGCCAGUUGGUAUUUUGGAUCAAUUGGCCCGUAUCACCGAUCAUCCAGUGAAAUUAACAUCCAGCAUUUAUUUGCCCCAACAAAGUCGUCUGGUCAUUGGCCGGGAGGAUGGUUCGAUAGUCAUUGUUCCGGCCACCCAGACUGUAAUGAUGCAGCUAUUGGUGGGCAUCAAACAGAACUUCAGCGAAUGGCCCUCACAUCAGAUAUUGUAUGGCCACCGAGGUCGGGUCAAUUGUCUGCUGUGCCCCUCCCUGGUGCAUCCCCGCUACGAAAAGUCUCUGUUGCUUUCGGGAGGUGUGGAUUUCGCCGUUUGUCUUUGGGAUCUGUACAGUGGCAGUCUAUUGCAUCGCUUUUGUGUACACGCGGGAGAAAUUACGCAGCUAUUGGUGCCCCCUGAAACGUGUAGUCCACGUAUAUUGAAAUGCAUUUGCUCGGUGGCCUCCGAUCAUUCGGUCACCUUGCUCAGCUUGCAGGAACGCAAAUGCAUUACACUAGCCAGUCGCCAUUUGUUUCCAGUGGUAACCAUCAAAUGGCGACCAUUGGACGAUUUCCUCAUUGUUGGCUGCUCAGAUGGUUCGGUAUAUGUUUGGCAAAUGGAAACUGGCCACCUGGAUCGCGUUUUGCACGGCAUGUUAGCCGAGGAGGUAUUGGCGGUUUGUGACGAGCAAAAUGCCGAUGAAUCGGGCUGCAAUUCACACGCCUCCAAUACAGAGGGUUUGGCCAAUCCGGCUGUACACUUUUUCCGGGGUCUCAAGUCACGCAAUAUGAACGCCAUUAGGCAUGCAACGCAACGCGGUAUAACGCAAUGGCAGCAGCUACACGGUCACAAUCAGGGUAACUUUGAUUUUCUCAUGAAACACCGCAGCAACCCGCUGAUAAUCCAGGGUCUGCGUACCAAUCCCAAGGAUGCAGAAAGCCACAUUUUAUUCUUCGACAUAGAGGGCCUGAUUUUCGAGCUCCAUAGCGAGGAAUAUGCUAAAAUGACCCCAGCCGAACUAGAGACUUUGGGCGUAAUAAUUAACAAUCCCAAAGACAAGGCCCUGCAUGUGGAGGCCUCCAAAAAGAUUAGCGAUUUCUUUGGCAAGGUAAAGAACAAAGCAGGCGAUAUGGAGAAAAUGCUGAAGGACAAAGACAAACAUGGUUUGGUCCAGAAAUUCAAAGAAAAAACAGAAAUUGUGGAGAAGAAGGUUCAAGCCAAAGUCCAGGAAAGCAUACAGAAGGUGCUCGAACCCCAGGACAUACCCGAAGAUGGUUCGACCGAUUUGAAAUCCAAAAUGGCCUCAAAAAUGGAAGUUACACACGUCAUGGAAGUAGCUCAACUGCUACUGUCCCUGCUGCACUCUUGGGGCUUGGAUACCCAUUUGGAUAAAGUUUGUGAGUCACAAUUGGGUCUAUUGCGACCCAUGGUACCCGUCUCCUUUGGUAUUCUCUCCAAGGGAGGCUACAUGUCCCUACUACUGCCCACUUGGCAGAACAACUUCGAACUAGGCGAGGGAAUUGUGGUUGCAAGCAGCUCUAAAAAGCGUGACAUUCCAGCCGAAUUGCUGCGUCAAGAACAGCUUACAGCCGUAUUCACCUCCCGUCUGCACUGGGAAUUGAGCACCACCCUUACCUCUAAUCACAUUUUGGCCUUGGUGGCCAUGUCCAAUACUUUGUUAUCCAUGAAUUCGGCCUCCUUUCUGCCCGACAGCGAGCGCAGUAAAAAACUAUUGCGCCUGGCCCAACGUUCCGAGUCGCAAAUGGCCACGGAAGAGGAACGUGAAGAACUGCUGGCCCAUCACAUUUCACAAAUCAAACAGGGCUGGAGUCUGUUGUCCACACAUCAUUGCUUUUUGUUGCCGGAUAAAAUUGAAGCUUUAGAACCAAAGAAAUUCAAACGGCCCCAGGUGGAAAUGAUGGCGAAACGUUGGCAGCACCACUGCAUUGAAAUACGAGAGGCAGCUCAACAGAUUUUACUCGGCGAGUUGAGGCGCAUGGGCAAACGUGUGCGUAAGCAGCUGGUAGAGAGCUGGGCUCAAUAUCUGCCAAUGUAUACGCACACAGAACCCAUCGCCCAACAAGUUCAUCAUGCCGCCAACGGAGCCAACGGUCAUUCCAAUUCAUCUCUGGGCAAUGCUGGUGGCAUGGGUCACAAUGGUGAUGGGCUAGAUGGCGGUGAAGACUACGAAGAAGAGGAGGAGGAGAUAAUACGCAAGCCGUCCAGUUUAUCGGAGCUAAAGCGUAAACAGACCACUGCUGUGAUAUUAUUGGGUGUGAUUGGAGCUGAGUUUGGUCAGGACAUAAAUCAGGAUUCACCUGUUCGUGGCACCAGUAUUACUACCAUCAGCGGCGAGAGGAGAAAAUCGUCGGUGGUUGAAGGUUUUGGUAUAGCCAAUAAUUUGGCACGUCUCACAUCAAUGGCAUUGGCCCAUCUCUUGUAUGCCCCACCCACACCUAAGUUGCCUCAGUACACCCCUCUAAGGCGGGCUGCAAUCGAUUUGCUGGGACGUGGUUUCACAGUCUGGGAACCGUAUUUGGAUGUUAGCAAAGUAUUACUGGGUCUGUUGGAAUUGUCAUGCGAUGGCAAAUCGGUGCCAAACCUCAACUACAAACUCCCUCUAACACCACAAGCUGAUGCCUGCCGAACAGCAAGACAUGCUCUGAGGUUGAUUGCCACAGCGCGACCUGCAGCCUUUAUAACAACAAUGGCCAGAGAGGUGGCCCGUUACAAUAGUAUGCAACAGAAUCCGCAAUCAAUAAAUGUGCCAUUGACGCAGUCGGUGUUGUUCAAGGCCAAAGGAGAAAUACUGCAGUGCGUCGAAAUGCUGAUAGACAAAAUGCAAGCCGAAAUUGCCAGCCUUCUGGUCGAGGUAAUGGACAUUACCCUACACUGUUUGGAUAACUCCGAGCUGAAGACACGCGGUUUGCCCGACGUCUGCCCGGCCAUAUGCCGUUUCAAUCAGGUAUCACAUUGCACCCAGACACGACGAAUUGCUGUGGGUGCCAUCAAUGGCCAUUUGGCCAUUUACGAACUGCGACAGAACAAGUGUCAAAUGAUACCAGCCCAUACACAUCCGAUCACAUCGUUGGCAUUUUCACCCGACGGCAAGUACUUGGUCUCAUAUUCAUGCAAUGAAAAUCGUUUAUCCUUCUGGCAAACUAGUACGGGUAUGUUUGGCUUGGGCCAAUCACAGACCCGUUGCACCAAAGGCUAUUCCACGGCACCAAUACCGGAUGUGUCGCGUCUCAACCCCAUGCGUUUGGCCAAGCUGGUGUGGAUCAAUAAUCGUACGGUGACGCUGAUGUUGGCCGAUGGUUCGGAAACGCGUUUUAAUGUCUAAGCGACAACGAAACGAACGAACGAACGGACGGACGGCGGAGUGUUGUGAUGGAAUGAAUCGUGGGACGUUCGUUUUGGUGCCGAAAGACAUUUACCCAACGGUAUUAUAUGGACAUCUUACCACACAACCCCCACGCCCGUUGGUGGGGGCCAUUGUGGAGAUGUUGAAUUUAAACUAUAUAAUGUAGCCGCAGAGCAGCAUGAUGUGUCUAUUUAAACAAGCAAAAAAAAAAGAGAACCCUAUUCAUGUUUCGAUGUUAAACUAAUUUUAAAUAAAAAAAGAAAAUAACUUGUUUGCAAAUAUUUUUAAACGACCUCUGGGUUGGGGGUGCAAUGACCCCCCACACCCAAUUUUUAAACAAAAAUAAAUUCCUUUCUUUAAUUAGAAAACACAAGAAAAUAAUAAAAAUUAAAAAUAAAAAAACGAAAAAAUGCCAUUGAGUAAACCAAACACCAAAUCCUUAUAUUGUUAACAUAAAAAAAGAAAACAAAAAUCCCCCAAGAAAUUUAUUUUUGAUUCAUUUUGAAUCCAAAGAACAAAUCCAGAAAUUCAAUCCAAUCCAAUCAAUUACUUAUUAGAUGUCGGCGAACUUUUGUUUUGAAAGCAUACAGCAAUCAUAAAUACAUGAAGGUAUUAUAUACAUACAUAUAUAUAAUAUAUAGAAUGCAUGGCAAUCCCGUGUUAGUUAAAAGACAAUGAUGGAAGGGGUGGGAAGGAAAUAAAGGACCGAAACAUUUGGGAGACUAUGAGUUAAUUUUAAGAAGUUAUUGUGUGCUUAAUUGGAAUAGUAUUACUAGGUCCUUUUAAAUAUACUAUCUAAAGUCGAAUAUCGGCUUGGAGGUCAUCCCUAAUUGUACCCAGUUAGUAUGGCGUAUAGGCUUCAAGUUCACUCCUCUUUGGUUUGAUAUUUCCUAGAAUAUUUUGGUAGUCAUCGUUGUCAUUGCCAUUGUCAUAGUCGUAGCUAAAGGAAUCCCAAAAACCCCAAAUAAGACACAAUUAAGAAAAACGAAAAAAAUAGCAAAACAUUAAUUAAAAAAAAAAUUAAAAUAAACUAUGAAAAAAGGCAAACAAAUAACGAACACAAAAAAAUAUAUAAGAAAAUAUGUUAGAAAAUUAAAAGAAAACACAUAUUUAAUAAAGAAAAGUAUAUAUAUACAUACACAAUUAACUGUUAUACGAAACGAUAAUGAUAUUUGUUAAACUGUUAUAAAUUGUUUUUAUUAUUAUUAUUAU